AUCGCCAAAGCUGCGCCAAAUUGAUUCCCUUUGCAUUGUGCUCUCCUGGCCUCGGCGUCACUCAAUCGCAAUGGCGUCGGAAAUCGGGUUGCUGAGCAAGAGACUGCUCACCACCUGCACCAUCCGCAAUCCCUCUCUGCAUGCAUCACAAGCGUUCCGACAGCCAUUAUGGACUCACCCGCGUGCCUUUGCGACCUCGUCAAUCCUUUCCGCCCCCCCUCGCUCCGGUUCACGAUCAAACAUUGAAGGCCUGUUCUCUAAGCCAUCCCCGACGAACUACGCCCAACCGCCGCCUCCGCCGCCCGCCGCCGACGCGGCUGCCCCUUCUCAGGAGAAGUCCGAUAGCCCCUACGCAUAUGACGCCACUUCUGACACCUUUGAUAUUUCCAAAAUCAUCGCUAUGGAAUCGGAUGAAUUCCUCAAGAAGCACUACCCCACAAGCAAGCAAGAGCCCGACCUGCGCACACGUCCACAGACUGGUCGAACCGUGCACCUUACCAGCAAGACGGACCUGGCCAAGGCUCUGAAGCUUCUCGACUUCAACUGCAGGAAGAACAAGAUCAAGAGACAAUUCCAAUUACAGAAGUUCCAUGAGCGCCCGGGAAAGAAGCGCAAGAGACAAAAGAGCGAGAGAUGGAGGGCUCGUUUCAAGGAAGGGUUCAAGGCAACAGUGGCGAGAGUUAUGGAGCUCAAGAAUCAAGGCUGGUAGGAGCGACCACUAGCAUGUGACAAUAUCCCUGGGGAAGAUGUAGCACAUGGUGUCUACAAGAUGUACAAUAUGUAGAAAUCACAAAGAUUUGGUUGUCCCAAUGCGUUACUUAAGGU